CGCGGCGGCCGUGCGGCGGGCGGCAGUGGCGAGGUCUAUGGCGUCUGUGCGGGGCACGAGCAGCGUCGGCAGCGGGAGAGGGGCCUUGGCGGCGGCGGCUUUGGCCGGAGAAGGGGAACCGGGAGGCGGCGGUGGCGGUGGCGGAGGAGGGCCUGCUUCCAACUCCCAGUACGGGAACGGCUUAGGCGGGAGCGGGCCUGGAGCGGAGCAAGGCCGAGGGCUGCGCAGGGACGUCGAGGAGGACGAGGAGGAGGACGAGGAGCUGCUGCUGGAGGCCGCCACCGGAGGAGGAGGAGGAGGAGGAGCGGGAGGGACCGGGGCAGCGGCGGCGGCGGCGGCUGGAGGCGGCGGCAGGGGCUCCGGGCCUCGAGGCGCCCUGUCCUCCUCGUCCUCCUCGCUUGCCUCCAGGGCCGGCCAAGCCGGGGCUCCCCACCACCAUCACCACAACCCUCACGCCGAGGAGCUGGAGGAGGAGGCCGGCCUGGGAGAGAGCGACCCCGGAGACUCCGCCAUCGAGGACCCGGAGCUGGAAGCUAUUAAAGCUCGAGUGCGAGAAAUGGAGGAGGAAGCGGAGAAGUUGAAAGAGCUGCAGAAUGAAGUUGAGAAACAAAUGAAUAUGAGUCCUCCACCUGGCAAUGCUGGCCCAGUCAUCAUGUCUUUAGAAGAAAAGAUGGAAGCUGAUGCCAGAUCCAUAUAUGUAGGCAAUGUGGAUUAUGGGGCAACAGCAGAAGAGCUAGAGGCCCACUUCCAUGGUUGUGGCUCUGUCAACCGCGUGACCAUUCUUUGUGACAAGUAUACAGGCCACCCCAAGGGGUUUGCCUAUAUUGAGUUUUCUGACAAGGAGUCAGUGCGGACGUCCUUAGCAUUAGAUGAAUCCCUCUUCAGAGGGAGACAGAUCAAGGUGAUUCCCAAACGGACCAACCGCCCUGGGAUCAGCACCACAGACCGGGGGUUCCCCCGGACCCGUUUCCGAGGGAGAGGAUCUGGUUACAGCAGCUCCCGGGCCCGUUUCUACAGUGGCUUCAGCAGCAGGCCACCCCGAGGACGGGCUUACAGGGGCCGGGCCAGAGCGACCUCAUGGUAUUCCCCUUACUAAAAACAAAAACAAAAAAUGGUGGUUUUAGGAAGGAG